GAGAGAAGAGCGCCCCUGAAUCUCUGCAGGAAAUGUUCUUUAUAUUAUACAUAUACACGCAGGUCCUGGCCGCUCGCUAGUACAGCACGGAGCCUUAAGCGCCCGUAAAAAAUGAUAAAUCUCUUUGAUCCAUUCUUUUCCUCACCUGCACGCAUUUAUAUCUCUAUAGGUGGCUAUUUAAUGCCUGGAUGUAUUUUUAAAUGAUGAGUAAAUACUAUAUUUUAAUCCGCUUCCUCCCUCCCGUUGGACUGCACGGGGCUAUUCUAUUUUGCUGAUGGCGGGUGUCGCCGCCGGGAUCUUCCUUUUAGGAUGUGUGCGAGAUUGGGGCUGUUUAGAAAUAUUAGGGUGCAUCGGCUGAUUUUUUUAACCCUUCACCGACCCGGACUUGCCGUUUUAUAUUGAGCCUGUGGCUUCGCCCUGCCAGGACCUGAUACAAUCCAUUGAAGCCAACAAGUUUGGAGAGAAUGUUGAGUUCAAUCAAUUCAGAACGUCGAGAUGGAGCCCAACUCACUCAAGUGGGUCGGCUCACCCUGUGGUCUACACGGACCUUAUAUUUUCUACAAGGCUUUUCAGUUCCACCUUGAAGACAGACCAAGAAUUUUGUCCCUUGGCGACUUUUUCCUAGUCAGAUGCAAGCCAGAGGAUCCGAUUUGCAUAGCGGAGCUCCAGCUGUUGUGGGAAGAGAGGACUAGCAAGCAACUUUUAUCAAGCUCCAAACUUUAUUUCCUUCCAGAAGAUACUCCCCUGGGUAGGAAUAGCGACCAUGGCGAGGAUGAAGUGAUUGCAGUUUCAGAAAAAGUCAUUGUCAAACUUGAAGAUCUAGUAAAAUGGGCUCAGUCGGAUUUUUCAAAAUGGAAGUGUGGACUCCGAGCAUUACCCUUAAAGCUGAAAGAUCUGGGGAAAAAUGGUCAAAAAGAUUGCAUAUUGAAAUACAGACAAUCCACGUUAAAUAGCGGGCUCAAUUUCAAGGAUGUAUUCAAGGAAAAGACUGAACUGGGUGAAAAUGAAAAUGAUGGAAAUGUGAUGGUGUUAAGUUACCCCCAGUAUUGCCGAUAUCGUUCCAUCCUAAAACGUAUCCAGGCCAAACCUUCCUCAGUCUUGGCUGACCAGUUUGUGCAAGCACUAGGGGGUAUUCCCAUCAUCAACAAGAACACAAAGAUCCUCUACUGUCGGGACACGUUUGACCACCCAGCUCUCAUUGAUAAUGAAAGUAUAUGUGAUGAAUUUGCCCCAAACCUUAAAGGCAGACCGCGCAAAAAGAAGCAGUGCCCACAGAGGAGAGAUUCUGUAAAUGGAGUGAAAGAUGCCUCCAAUAUUUGUGAUGGCAAAACUGUUGCCAAGGUAAAAUGUGAAGUAAAGACGACCUUACCGAAAGCCAAGACUGCCAACGGCAACUACAAGAAAAUCUCAAUUGAGGAUAAACCAAAGGCGGUUGCGGGAGAUGGAUCUAAGACUGGAGAAUGCAAAGCCGAUGAGCAGGCAUUUCUCGUAGCACUAUAUAAAUAUAUGAAAGAGCGGAGGACACCUAUUGAGAGGAUACCGUAUUUAGGGUUUAAGCAAAUUAACCUUUGGACUAUGUUUCAAGCUGCUCAAAAACUGGGAGGGUACGAAACGAUAACUGCCCGGAGGCAAUGGAAACAUAUUUAUGAUGAAUUAGGAGGAAACCCAGGAAGCACUAGCGCUGCUACAUGUACACGUAGGCACUAUGAAAGAUUAAUCCUGCCCUAUGAAAGGUUUAUCAAAGGAGAGGAGGACAAACCGCUGCCUCCAGUGAAGCCUCGGAAACCAGAUACCAAUUCCCCAGAGGUGGAAAUAAAAACAAAACUGUGCAGCACAAAACGCCCUAAGCAUGAAGGCCAGAAGCUGAAGAAAGAAAAGGAUGGAUCAGCAAAGGCAGAGGACACAGAGGUUUCAUUAGAGGAGACUCAUCUGGAAGUAGAUGAUCAAAAUGCAUCUGUUGUAUAUGAUUCAGAGGAAACUAAGCCAUCUAUAGACUGCGCUGAAGUGACAGAAGCUAGAAGAUCUUCACCUCUGGAAAAAGAAGAAAUGGAGGAGUUAGCUCCCAACACUUGCCAUGUGAAAGAAGAUUAUAAAAUGCCCUCGGAACCUAUUCCCACUGACUCACUCACUCAUGUAAUAAAAGAGAUUAAUUCCACUCCAGCAGAUGAACAACCACAAAUGCUCACAGAAGAUUCAACAAUAAUAAAACAAGAGCAAAGCAAACAAGAAUUGUCAGAGCCAACAGAAAGGGAUGAACAUGAAGGACAUUACAAUAUGUUUCCCACAAUUCAGGUACAAAUGCAGCAUGAAAUCCACAUGGAAGAUGAAAAAAUUCCAGAUAUUCCAGAUUAUAUAGCAAACUGUACUGUAAAAAUGGACCCGCUGGUCUCGGAGGACCUAAAAAAUCCCCUGGACAGCAACAUUUUACAAAAUGCACUGAAGCAAAAUCCCAAAGUGUAUUUGGUGCAGACGCUUGACAUGCUGAAAGAGAAGGAGACUUCAUCCUCGUCAAAUGAAGAAUCGUCGUUCAGUUAUACACCUCUGCUUUAUUCAAGGGGAAACCCAGGAAUAAUGUCUCCUUUGGCAAAAAAGAAGCUUUUGUCACAGGUGAGUGGGGCUUCACAAACUGGGAGUUACUCUCCUUACGGUUCCCCACCACCCUUAAUUAGCAAAAAAAAAUCAAAUUCCAGAACAGAUAUAUCUCCACCCUUAGUGCAAACUCAUCAGGUAUCUAACGCUGAUACAGUGGCAGUGAACAGACCUUCUGUGAUACAACAUGUUCAAAGUUUUAAGCAAAAAACUCCAGACGACAAAAAGAACAUGAAUGAAGUUUACAAAAGCAACACAUUAAACAAAACAGAUUCUUACCGCUGUGACUUUGCCAAGCACCAUCAGAAUGUGCUUGCUGAGUCGUACUCCUUGAAGUCCAGCAUGCUUGAAUGCAAAGAGCAAAUGGCCGAGAAGAGAGCUGCACAGCAUUCCAAUGUGCCCAGCUUCUUGGCUGAGUUCUACUCAUCACCUCAUCUGCAUAGGCUUUACAGGCAAACAGAGCACCAUCUACAUAAUGAACAUUCAUCAAAAUAUCAUGCUCGGGAAAUGUUUCGAGAAACUGAAAAUGUGUCUUCUCCACACAAACACCAAGAAAAACUUCACUACCAUCACUCUUUGCACCAACAAGAAAAACAGAAUGUCUCUGAUAGCAUGGACGACCAGCCAACUGAUUUGAGCCUUCCCAAAUCUAUGCACAAGCACACUGCAAAAAUGCCAGGAACGAAUCUCUCUCAUCAUUUGAUACAGCAAGAAAGCAAAACUCAUCAAAGCCCAUUUCAAGUUCCAAACAACAAAAAGAUGGGCAUAGACUGUAACCCAAAAGCCUGUCGAGUUUCACCGAUGACGAUACCAGUAUCGAAAAGACAUGCGGAAUCGGUGCACAGGCCUGUCAAGACUCAUAAUGCAAGACUUGAUCACUUAAGAAAGAUGGAAAGCACAGUCCAUCCAAUCACAAUUGGUAAGGCCAACCAUCACAACUUUGGGACCUCACGAUCUUUGAAAAGAAACUUAGAUGAUAUGGACAGUCCUAUCUCUGAGAAAAAAAUACGAGCUGUGUCUCCUCUAAAUGCACCAAAGGAGAUGCCUGGGAAAGAGACAUUUACAGGUCAAGAGGGUGAAAGCAGCAAGUCAAUGCAUGACCUUCAUCCUGCUAGUAUGAUGGAGAGCCACAAGUAUCCACUUUCAACGCCAAUCUUUCCCGGGCUCUACCAUGGAGGUUUAUGUAGUGGGCUAAGCACGCGGAUACCUACUGCCUAUUCACAUCAACUGCAGUACUUGAAAAACCAGAGUGUGCUUUCUCCACUAAUGCAACCUUUAGCCCUCCAUUCUUUGAUGAUGCAAAGACAGUAUCUAACUAACUCCACUAAUUCGCAGCAUCUGUAUAGACAUUUGGCUUCGGCUGCCCCUGUAGGAUCUUCUUAUGGUGACCUACUACACAACAAUCUUUAUCCUUUAACUGCUAUCAAUCCGCAGUCCUCUUUUCCAUCCUCCCAGCUGUCAUCUGUACACCCUAGCACAAAACUUUAAGGAACUUCCCUGUGAGAAAAGCAAAAUGUUAAUACUUUAGCUACAUUCCUUGCCCAGCACAAUAUUCUGCAUAAAAAAUACCCUUGUCUACUUUGUGAGCCACACUAUAACUGUACAAGUAAUAUGUUAGAGGUAAGAACAAUGGAUUGCAGGUCCCACUCUGACUGGAGUUGUUCACAGUUUUUGUUAUGGGAACAGUUGACUUGAUUUGCACAACACAAUUUUAACAUCAUUGCUAAGCCUAGGGAACCUAGCGUGUUGCACAUGUUUGUGAAAGUUGGCCAUAAAGAGUCUGGAAUGUCAGAGGUUGAAAUAUUGGAACAUAUGUACACUUUGGAGAAAAUGCUUUUUGCUUUGUUUUUUUUUAUACUGUUAAAGGUUCAAUCAAUGCAAUGUAUAGUAACAAGUCAAUCAGUUUAAGAAAUUUUAACACUAUUAAUGGUGGAAAGGUAAACACUGUUCAAUCGACUGUACAUAUCUGGUCUUAAAAGUUCCAGUGUCACUGUCUGUUCACAUAAUUUAUAUGGAUUAAUCUUUCAGUUGAUUCCUGUGCUUUUUUUUAAAUCUUUUUUUUUAUUAAACAAUUAUGUGUUAACUGCAAGGUCAUGUUGAGAGGUUAAUUGAGUAUGUGUUUAGAGUUAUACUUUAACCAACAACUUCUUCAUCUGCACCCCUGAGGCAAUAAUUUUGGGGGGAUAAUCGCACACAUUAAUGAAAGCCUACAAAGUCAUUAGGAAUUACUUACAUCAUUGAGACACAUACUGUAAGACACGCAGGGGAUAAUUCAGUUUUAAAAAGUGAUGGGAACAACGUAAGUUUUUGUACCAGUGGGCAUGGGUACCGCUGGCAGACAUUAUUUCUGCUUGCUUCCACCUGAGGUAUUGAGCAGAAAUCCACAUAAAUUCAGGUUUAGCCACUUUACCUUUACACAUCUAAACCCGGUGCAUUUGUGCGCAGUAAGUAUUGGGUGCCUUGUAACUUGCUCCUGCUGGCACAAACAAUUGAAUAUCGGUCUGUCUCUUUAGAAGGGAUAUCGACUGUGAAAAAAUGUUUGAAUUCCUCCCACAGAGGGAGAUUUAUCAAACCUACAGAGGACAACUGAAGGUGUUGCCAUCAGCAACCAAUCAGAAUCUAGCUACCAUUUAUCUAGUACAUUCUAUAAAAUGAGGCAACACCUAACCUUGUCAUCUUCAGAAAGUUUGAUAAACAUCCCCCAAAGUGCAUCAUACCCCAGAGAGAUCAGUAGGUCCUAUUAAUGUGUUACGUUACAUUCUUAUUUUGCAAAGAAAAUAAAUAUAUGGCAUAGAUUUUCUAAAACACCUAGGGGUACAUUUACUAAAGUUUCUAAAGUAACAGAUAUGUGGAGGUGUUACCUAUAGGCAUAACCUUGACAGAGAUAUAAGAGUCUACGUGCUAAGCCUUGGAUGGAGAUAAAGUACCAGCCAAUCAGCUCUUGUCAUUCUUCAAGCACAGCCUGUAACAUGGCAGUUAGGAGCUGAUUGGCUGGUACUUUAUCUCUCUCUGUCUGAGUCUUAAUUCAUAGAUGCCAUAAUCACAGUGAUGGGAAAGCCAAGAGGUACAUUUUUCUUCUCUUCCCUUACUACUGGGCAUUUGUGUCUGGGAGAGCAUUAAGAACAAUACUAAUGCUAUUGAUGAAUAUUGUUUUUUAUGUGCAUAAAAUUCUGUACACAAUUUUAAGCUACUUCAAUAAGUCUAGCCUUGUAUUUACUAUAUUUACUAUAGCCUGCCUACCUGAGCAGGAAUUUAAUGGGUUUUUGUAUUUCUGAAAUCGUUGUAGUAGAAAAAUUACACAUUUAAGAGUGAUACAUUUAUAUUAGUUUGUUCACUUUAGGAUUUAAGGACAUUUAUUACAGGGCUUUUACGACAGUUGCUUUCACAAAAAGAUGGCUAUAACAGGAUCUUCUAAUUAUUGAUAUGGUACAAUACACAUAAAUCCCACCACUAAAAUGAAUGAUCAAUUUCUCCAUUUUAACAGUUGACGCUUGAACACUACACUGGACAUUCACAGGUGUCUGAGCGGCCCUGAAGGAUUCUCAAGUGACAUUGCAGGUGUUGGGUCCCUGUGGUUCUACGUGUUGCUGGAAGGAGGAGUUUACAUAUAAAAAAUAUUAUUUAACACAACAGAUUAUGAGCAGUGUACAAUAGUACUUAUCUAAAUGAGUUCUUAGAGUGGCUAUCACAUCUGUAUAUACAGUAACUGAAAAUACAUAUACAUCCUCAUAUAAAACAAUUUGCAAUAUAAAUUUAUACUUGUAAAAAAAUCCCUGGUGAUUUAUGAUGAUGAUAUUAUUAUUAUUAUUAUUAUUAUUAUUAUUAUUAUUAUUAUUAUUAUUAUAUAUUUAUAAAGGCUGAUAUAUUACACAGGGGCUCAUAGUACAAACAAAUUACAUUAAACCAAAGGUGAAAAUAACAGUGCCCAAAGGAGCUUACAAUCUAAUAGCAAAUACAAAUAUGCAUGUAAUCAGUAGUAAUUAUUUAUUAACUCCUUUAUAACCAUGUAAUCUCCAGUAGACUGUUACAAAUUAGGAAUAGUUAAGCGAUCAGUAAUGAUUAAGCAAAGGUGACAUUCCCUAAUGUUGAUAAUACUGUAUAAUAUAGCACAAGUGAACUCACACAAACAUAAAAAGUUGUGCACACUAAAUAAGACAUUUAGGGGGCAUUUAUCAAAGUUUGGAUAGAGAUAAAAUUGUGAGAGAUAAAGUACCAAACAAUCAGAUCCUAACUGUCCUUUUUCAAAAAUGGGGCUGUAUCCAAUCACCCGCAGUCAUUGACCACAGGUGAUUGCUUGCCAGGGGCUAGCCUAUUAGCCCCGAUAAACUGGCAUGAGCCACGGCUUAUGGGGGAUCUGUUUAACCUGCCUUGGGCAGGCGAAGCAAAAUCCCCAAUAAGCACCGGCUUUUCAUAGCUGCGGCGGCAAACACACACGAGUUUUACUGAACCUGUGUAUUUUCGUUAGAAAAGUAUUUUUUUACUUUAUCUAAUUGGAUACCCCGUAAAUAAAUAUCUGUGAAAAAGUGCGGAAAAACUCCCAUUUUUUUGAUCCCGAUGUUUAAUCAUGGGUAAUUGGAUGCCCCCUAUAGUCUGUAAAAUCUAAGGCAGAAGCUGAUUGGCUGGUAUUUUCACAAUGUUAUCUCUCUCUGAACUUUGAUGAAUACCCCCUUUAGUGCUGAGUUAUUAUUAAAGUUGUUAUUAUUAUUAAAGUCUUGCAACAGCUUCAAAUACCCCUGGUGGUUAAAAAAAAAAAACAAUUGCAGGCUGUGUUUUGUACCAUUAGCACUGUUCUUUAUAUCUUUCUGACUUUGAUGCAUUUACUAUUAGAGCAACAGAGGAUUGUGUGAUGUAGCCAGCUUUUUACUGUUUAUCAUUUGCGUUUGUUCUCCUCUCAUUCUGCUGAAUAGAUUUUAAGUAGAUGUAUCUAUAGUUGACCUGUUUUCAGUAGAGAUGAAUGAAAAAAUUAAUAUGUACUGCAAAAAAUGCACAUAAUGGAUUCAGAAUAUAUUUUAAUCAAAGCACAUUCUACAGUGUUAUGCCCCAAGGUUUAUUAUAAUCAGCUUAUUUUUAUGGUGGACAUAUUUACUGAACAAGAAUGUGGAUGUCUAUUUUUUAUUGAGAAAUACCUGCCCAGUAGGAAAAAAUGCUGUUUUCCUCUUUGGCUGUGCAUUUUACAUUUGUGUAUGUAGAUAAAUCACACAUUACAAAGUGAGUGUAGUAUUGUGCUAAACAAGAAGCAGUCACACCAGUGACUGUCCACAAAAUCUGGGAUUCUGUACAUGUAAAGUAUGAAAUUCACUUACAUUCCCAGGAAGUGAUGUAAGGGUGCUGAUAAGGUUGUGCUGUAGAACAUCUAGUUAUUAGAUAGUCAAUAGGCCGACACAAUAUGGUUGACAGGUAGAAGGUAGACAGUACAAAAGGUCGACAUGGUCAGCCCAAGUUUUUAUUUAGUAUUAUCUUGUGUGUUCCAUCAUCAUGAUCCUUAUUAGUGGAUGGUAAACCAAGCAGGAGUUGAAAGAAAUGUUAGCCCCCCCCCAAAAAAAAAAAAAUUAAAAAAUUGUGUCGAUCUUUUGUACCUUUUGACCUUGUCAACAAUAUGGUGUCAACCUAUUGACUAUCUAGACACUGUCUCUAUCAAUAGUCUGGAUAUCGCUGAUGAAGGGUGAUCAGUGUAUUUGUUAAUGAUUUUCAAACUCCAAUGUACACAAUGACCAUACCAUUAAGAAUCUCUGUAGAGUAUUUCUUAUGUCUCAGCCUUUUGCCUUACCCAGCAUGAUACAUUACAGUUUCUGCUGACAUAAGCAACUUUACCAGUAAGGGGAAUAUCAGUAUAAAGAUACUUAAAAUGCAUAGAUGUCAAAUAUAUAAUUUAGUUCCAUAGUAGAGAAGAGUUUUGGUGUCUAUUAGUGGACAAUACUUGCUUCCUAAACAGUGAAACAGCUAAAUGUAUAUGGUUUAUAACAGAAGCCACUAGGACCACAGUUCAUGGUGUUACAGUAUGGGGCUCCCCAGCUUACCUGCCUUUCUUUUAUAAUUUAAUGUUCAUUUGUUUCUGAGUGAAGAACAACAUCCUAUAUCAAAGUCUAAAACGUGUUACAUCUUAUGAUCAUUGAUGUCUAAUUUAUGUUCAUUAAUACCUAUAGUUGUGGAAUGAAACCGCAUUCAUGAGUAUGAAACCUGUAAAUUCACUAGGAACUAGUGUCAUGAGGCAGUAAGGAACUGAUUGCAAAGUUGAACACUACUUCGCUGUAAUUACCAGAUGGAUGUUCGGCUGUACGCAGAUUUGUACUGUACGUAACUAUGCAACCGCACAGCCCCAUCUGUAAGUUCCGUUUCAUAGCCAUCAUAACCAUGCCCUACUUGAAGCAGCCUGAAAAGAUUCACAUGAAAAUAGGUAUAUUUACACAUACACACAACUGUGCAUAGAGCACAAUUCUGACAACAUUCCCUGGUUAAACCUACCCCAUGUGAGAACACUCCAUUACUUCCCAUUUAUACCCACAAGUGAAAAUUCAACAGAGCUGCCUAAAUUUGCAUACACUCUGCAUCAGAACACACUAAGUGUGAAAGCAUGCAAGAGCCAUCCAUAAAACUGGUUUGCGCUAACUCUGCGUCAGCCCUGAAGUGUGCAAAUUGUGGCAGUUUAGUAACGAUGAUUGCGUCUCCAUUACUUUGCUGCAUGAUGCAUUUUGCAUUGUUUUAUGUGCAGAAUUAAUGAUAAUUAUUAACAUUUUAAUCUCCGUGAAUAUGUAUAGUGCAGUUCAUGAACAGGCUCCUUUGUGUUUAUAAAACAAAAGUCAGAUUCCUUAUUUUAAAUAUUGGUCUUGUUUAGCCAGCAAUUACUGCUCACAGCUAGGAGUCUAGUUAAUUUUUUUUUUUAAUCCCUUUCUGCAAAUAUAAUUGCUGACACAUUACUUACAGAUCUGAAGGAUAAGCUGGUUGAAACAAUGCAGAUUUUCUUUUGCCUGCAAAACCUUUAAUAAGGGUAAUGCUUUUAAAACAUUUCAUUUAUAAAUGUGUUUAGUGUAUGAUUGGGUUUGACGUAAUUAUGUUGUCUAAUAAAUAAUCAUCCAUCGUAGCCAGAAUGUAUUUUACUAUGUGAUCCAGGUGGUGUAUUCAGAUUGUUCUAUUCACUUUUAUUCAUGAGAUUGCAGUAUAUAAGUGUUCUAGGAAUCAGUGUCUGACUUCAUUAAUAUCCAUCAGUGUUGUCACUUGUGUCCAGUGAGUUGAUAGUCUCCGACAAAAUGGCUGCCUUCACUGUGCGUAAGUGACAGGUGCUCUUUAAGAAUAAAACAUUACGACUUGAGCUAUAGGGAGCUAAUAUAUAUUUUUAGUCUGAAGUAAUCCAAAGAUGUAAAUUGCAUUGCGUAUUUAUUUUUUUUAAUAGCCUGGUUAAACAUAAAAAACCCACAAAAUUGUACUCAAGCUUAACAAAGCCAUAAAGCUUCUCACAUUAGAUGUAAUAUAUAAAACGGCUUGAUUAUCUUUCUCAGUGGGCAAGCAAAUUUAGCUGCGUGCGUAAUAUAAACUGCCAUGAAUUAUUCUUUAUUCAAAUGAAAACAAAUGUAAGUACUUCCAUAUUGCUGGCUAGAAUUAUAUUAAUAAACCAAUUCCUUUGUUCUCUAAUCAUUUUGGGGAAAUAUUUGAAAAAUAAAACCAUGUAACAUAGCACACUCAGGUACCAUUCUAUAGAAAUACGUAUGUGAUAUUCUAGACUAUAACAAGAGUUUCAUAGAGAAUUUAUAUAAAGCAAUUAAAGGCAGAUUUAGCAUGAUAUAUUGGACUGUUGUGUAGUGUAAAAUGGAUCUUCAGAUAUGCAGGAGUGCUUUAUUCCACACUUGCCUUCUCUCCCAGGAUGUUCAGGAGACACACGCCUUCUGUUAAUUUCUGCAGUGAAUUGGGUGGGGCCAUGAUUAUGAAGCAAUUUUCUGAGAAGUGUAUAAAAAGCUGUUAAUUGAAUGAUAGAUCCUGGGUGAUAAGGAAAUUUGACCCCUAAGCCCUCUUAUUCUAUGGUAUACUAUAAUAAUUUCCAGUGCCCAUCUACAGAUUUACGCCUACUGUGGCAGCCCCUCUCUCACAGCCAUAGUUACGGCCCGGAAUCACAUUAUCAUGGUACCGCCUCCCUCUUUCCUUCAUAAUCAAAGGGGCCAAUUCAAUUAAGCACAAGGUCCUACCUGUAUCUAAAGGGCCCUACACACUGGCUGACAUGACUGUACGAUAUGAACGAUCUCGUUCAUUAAUGAACGAGAUAACGUUCAUAUCGUGCAGUGUGGAGGCUCCAGUGAUGAACGAUGCGCGGCACCGCGCUUGUUCAUUGCUGGUCUCCCGUCGUCUGUACAUGCAGGCCAAUAUGGAUGAUCUCAUCCAUAUUUGCCUGCACUUCAAUGCAGCCGGGUGACGGGGGGAGUGAAGAAACUUCACUCCCCCGUCACUGCCCCUCCGCCGCCGGGUCCCCCGUCGGCCGUAUCUGCCGUCGGGCAGAUCGGCGGCGGAACGGCCAGUGUGUAGGGCCUGUUAGCCCUGAUGUGAUUAUUGUCCCAGAGACACAUCACACAAAGCUACAGAUGUGUCCUCAUACAUCUACCCUCAGUACUCAAUGUUGUGCAAAAUACCUGUUGCAAGUGAGCCACUAGGUCCUGUUGCAGCUCUCUAGCGUAGGGCGACAUUUUUGCAUCGAAGCAUUACGUAUACAAAUUCAGAAACUCACACAGUCAAAAGACACAAAGAUGCCCAUGGUGCUCCGAGAGGGGCCUGUUUGGUGCCAUAACAGCAAUAAUGUAUUAGGACACAUCUGUACAAUAGUAAUUUGCUCCUAAUUGAAUUGGUCUCUAAAUAUUCUAUUCCAGUAAUUCCCAAACCUUUUUUAAUCACAGCACCCUAGAGUAUUAGAAUUUUUUUCACAGGACCUCUAGGCCAAAACUUUCUUAUUGAGAAAUUUGGUUAGAAAUAUUAAAUUAAGGUAAAUUGUGUUUGUCAUCCUUAGGUUGAAUUGUGUGGUGAGGGACAAGAUUUGCUUCUAUUUGUCCACAUAUUUUAUGAUUGACAGUCACCAGCACUGGUUUUGCCUAUUGCAGGGGUUCUCAAACUCGGUCCUCAGGACCCCACACAGUGCAUGUUUUGCAGGUAACCCAGCAGGUGCACAGGUGUAUUAAUUACUCACAGACACAUUUUAAAAGGUCCACAGGUGGAGCUAAUUAUUUCACUUGCGAUUCUGUGAGGAGACCUGCAAAACAUGCACUGUGUGGGGUCCUGAGGACCGAGUUUGAGAACCUGUGGCCUAUUGCAUUGAUCAUAAAUAAUUAAAAUUGGUCCUGGACAUAAAGGUCUCUGUGUGUCUAGUAGCUCGUAUUACUUUUAGUGGGAGAGAGGAACUGGAAGGACUCGAAAAAAGCAUCUCAAUUUAGCAUUCCUUACCCAAUUUGUAGGAUUCCAUCCUCCUUUCCUUUCUGCCCAAAACCACCAAUUUGGUAAUUUUCUAACAAAGUUUCCCCAAGCUACAUGAUAAACAUCUGGUUGUAUCUGAUCAGAUAUCAUUCUGAAGUAGCAGAAAACGUGGUCAUAUGACAAACAUUAUCUGACACUGUGCAAUCAUUGCCCACCUCACUAAUUAGAUCAAUAUGCUUAAUCAUUAGACAAACGCCUGCAUCGGCCCACAUAGGCCAUGUAGUGAAACCUCACUAAUUAGAUCAAUAUAGCUUAAUCAUUAGACAAACUCCUGGUUAUGCCCACAUAGGCCAAGUAGCCCAUCCCAUAAAAGCUUAAUGUACUAUAUCUGGCCUGGUUAGACCGGUUCUCCAUUUGACAUGGGAAAUGGUGUUAUGUAGGGUAAGUGGCAACAUGGAAUCAGCCUGCAAAAAUGAAUGAUGCUGCAGUCAUGGUAAGGCAUUCCUCCCAACUGUUCCGAUUCAUGGACCUCAUAAAUGGGCAGGGCUUGUGCUUAUAGAAGCAGAGUUUAAUCCCCAAAUGGGUGUUUUUGGUGCGAAUAAUGUCACAAUUUUGCAUGUUUGUUCAUAAGGAGGUAUGGUAAAGUGUAGGUCCAUUAUACAUAGUUUAUAUAUACAGUAUAACCUAGUGAAAUCUAGUAGCACGGAGAUAAUGGGAUUUGGCACCUAUGAUUGCUAGGUAUUCCAUUUUCUCUUUGUGAACCAAUUCUUUUAAGACAACACUUUGCUGAUGAUUGAAAAAAAAAGAAUGAGCAUCACUAACAGCCAUCUCUCUAUGGGGCAGAUGCACUAAGCCUUGGAGAAAGAAAAAGUUAAGUGACUUAGGGGUCUGUUUACUAAGCCUUGGAUGGAGAUAAAAUUGCUGGAUAUAAAGUACCAGCCAAUCGGUUCCUAACUGUCAUUUUUCAAACACAGCCCAUGGCAUGACAGUUAGGAGCCGUCUGGAUGUUACUUUGUCUCCAUCCACUUUAUCUACAUCCAAGGCUUAGUAAAUAGACCCCAUAAAGUACAAAACAGCUCCUACCUGUGAUUUUUCAAACUCAACCUGUGACAUGGCAGUUAGGAGCUGAUUGGAAUGGUUGGUACUUUAUCUCUCUCCAUUUAUCAUUCUCAAAGGCGUAAUACAUCUUUCUCCUUAUGUUAGGUAACUAGUAAUCACAGCAGGCACUGUAAAACAUGUAGCCCAGUGAGACCAGUCAUGUAAUAACUUGAAAUAGGCAACUUUCCUUUAAACAUUUCAGAAGACCUGUUAUCAGCCUCUAGAUUUUUUUUUUCCAGGUGUGCAGCUUGCCAUAGUGUGAUUUCUUUUCCUUUAUCUAUUCUUUUGAUUAUUUUGCAGACAUUGUACUCUGUUUCCACUUCAUUUGCUUCGGUCUUGUUUGUCCAUUGUCCUUUUUAAGUUAACAGUCAAUCAGGAGGCAAUGAUGCUUGAUAGAGAGAAAGAGAGACAAAAAGGGUUGUUUUUUUAACAGAUAAGAAAGGCAAUAUAAAUGUAGUAAGACAGUAUGUUCCCUGUUUGGGCUUGCAUCUCUCAAUGCCAGUGAAGCAUCAUUACAUCCAUCUAUUAUAGCAUGCGGAACUCUGAUCAUUUAGUUUAUUUGUGCUAGCAAUAACAGUAAUAGUACGCACAUGCAUGUUUCCAUUAGGUGCAAUGAAAAUAAACAAAUUUACUGGGCGUUAUCCAAUUAGCUGUUGUAAUUAACCUGGCUAUUUGACUCGCCCGGGGCUAGCCUAUUAGCCCUGAUGCUGGCACUUAUCAGGGAUUUUGUUUCGCCUGCACGGAGCGAUAAUCUAAGCAAUCUGACUAGAUUGCUUAGAUUUUCAGCAAGAUCUCUCCAUGUGUACCCCCCACAGCGAUAGCGAUCCGCGGCCCCGUGCGUCGCUAUUGCUGCUGCUAGAUUGGCCUGUCAAUCUAGCAGAUCGCUCAUUUCACACGCUGGGUGAAAUGAGCGGCCCCCCCGCACAUUCUGCACACAUCGCGGUUCGCUCAACACACAUCUCUCCCCUGAUCUGCCGGUGAGUACUGGCCUUUAGACAGUUGAAACCAAAUCCCCAAAAAGUAAGCAUUUUUCAGUGAAGGCGGCUGCGAAAACACAUAGGUCAGUAGCUUUUUGCGGAUCCUGUGUGUUUUCACGUGAAAAAGGCUAAUUUUUUUCUCAUGAAAAAUUCGCGAUAUAACUGGAUAGCUUUAAAAUGACCACUGGGUAAAAAAAUCGCAAAACAAGCCUGUUUUUUAUUCACGGGAAAAAUGACUUGCAGUUAAUAGGAGACCCCCCUCAGGUGUAUCCACAAUUGCACAGGUUUGGUCACAUCCAAAGUCAUAUAAACAUAGCUGCCAGAAACCAAGCUGACUGUAAGAGGUAGAUUUCCCCUCUAAAUUAUUUUUUCACUUAAGGAUCAUUGUAUCGCAAUGUCUUUAGAAUAGGAUAAAGGUUUUACAUUUUUUUAACCCACCUACAUACCCAUUGUGCAUGCCACAUCGUCUACACAGGGUGUACACAUAAACUAAAUGCCAGCAAAACAAGUCCUAACAUGAGUAACAAAUAGCAGUAAUAGAUUGGGGUUUAUAAUAUCUCACUCUUUAUUGUUCAUUUUCUUUAACAUUCCUAACUGUACAAUAAGGUGGUUGUUGCAUUCUGUUAAAUAGAGCACGGGCUAAACCAUUUAAAAUCAAAUCAAAUUUUGCAUUUAAAUUAACGUCUUUAAACCAUAAGCCUUACACACGAUGAAGGCAGCCAUCUUAAUGGUCUUAAGUGAUGGUCAAAAGUCUAUUACUUAAUAGAAUUCUAUGACAUCACUGUGGCACUUUAUGACUGAUAGGAAAAUAAGCCAUGCUUCAAGGCUAAACCACUGGUCAGUAGUGAAUAUUGGAUUAGUCCACAAAAUAAAUGGCCCAACAGAUGUAGGUGGCAGCUGCUCUUCACCUUUUGCUUGCCUGUUCAUAAUACAGUUUAUAACCUUCCCUGCUAAUUAUGGCAAAAACACAAGCAGAUAGAAAAAUAGAUUAAAACUUGCAAUAUUUAUCAGAAUAAUACGAUUAAUAUAUGUACUCAUGGGCCAUAGGGAUGGGCCAUACAUGGGCAUGGCUGAUAAAGAAAGAACAGAGACUAUCUGUGGACCUACCAUUCAUAAGGGGAGAUGUACUAAGCUUUGGAGUACCAAUCAGCUCCUAACUGCCAUGUUAUAGGCUGUGUUUGAAAAAUGACAGGAGCUGAUUGGCUGGUAGUUUCUUCUCACUCUCCAAGGCAUAUUACAUCUCCCCCAUAUACUCUUUCAUCAGUUGCAGUAGCCAUUUUCCCUACAUCACACGAGAUCUUAGUAGUUGAAUAACCUUAUGUUUAUAUCCCCCAAAAAAUAAAAUAUUAUUUAUUUAUAUAUAUAUAUAUAUAUAUAUAUAUAAAAAAUACACACACAUACAUACAUACAUACAUACAUACAUACAUACAUACAUACAUUCCAAUUAAGCAACAUGCUUGUUAAAGGUCAGCAGCCAUCUAAUCAGGUGCUCUUCAGCAUUAAGUUUUUAAUAAUAUUCACAAUUUUAUUGACAAAUGGAGAUUUGUUUUUGCUUCCUUAGGGCUUUUUUAACUUUUGCAUACACAUACUGGAAGCAUCUGUGUGUGUACAAACACCUUAUGCAGGUUUGUGAAAGAAACAACAGUAACAAUCCUCACACUAGCAAUUUAAUGAGGUCUGAUUAGGCCCUAACAAGUAAUGAGAGUACAAAAUUGGUUUCUUACCUUCGUGAAAAUGCCAUUGAAUAACCUAGCUGAAGACAGCAGGAAAACAUAAGAUACUGUAUAACAAAUAUUUUCUCAUAGCCAGGUUUUUUAUUUUUUUUAUUUUAAGUUUUACAUGCCUUUAGACUAAUUGUGGUAUUUUAAAUAGCACACAUGAAGGCAGCAAAUUAGCGGGCUCAGCCAGCAUUUAUACACACACACACACACACACACACACACACACACACACACACGUGUGUAUUUAGAUUUUUAUAUUUAUAUAUAAAGGUAUUCCCAUAAUAGCUCAACAAUGUGUUGCUCAACACCAUAUGCUCAACAGGAAUUAGGUCGACGGGUACAAAAAGGUCAACAGUGCUUAAGGUUGGCAGGUACAAGAGGUCAACAUGACAAUUGUUGACACACACAUGGUUGACAUGUUUUCCCAACAUUUGCUUGAUUUACUAUCCACGUGGACAUCUAUUGGGAAUAGUAACCUGUGGCGAUCAUAGUUGUUUGUACUGAUUGUAGUCAUAUAACAUUAUAUUAAUAUACAUGAUUUGCCCCCAAAAAACACGUUGACCAUUGUCAUGUUCAUCUUUUGUACCUGUUGACCUAAUGCAUGUCGACCAUUUGUUGUUGUCCUGGUUACUGUCGACCAUAAUAUUAUUGAUACAUUAAUACACACCUAUAUAAAAACACACACACACACACACACACACACGUAUAUUUAAUAAAGUGCAGGUUUUCAGAAGUGAAGAUGUUGCCCAUAGCAACCAAUGAGAUUCUACUUAUUUAAUACCUUCUAGAAAAUGAUAGCUAGAAUCUGAUUAUUUGCUAUGGGCAACACCUCCACUUUUUAAAAAGCCACACUUUAGUAAAUAUACCCCACAAUCUCUACAAUCUCUGUGUCUUGCAGCAGAAGGAAACUCUGAUUCCUUUAUGUGCAUUGCAUAUAUUUAGCUUUUCUGGUUAAAAACUUGGCUAUCACUUUACUACACAAAGCCAUGAUUGCAUACUGCAACUCAAUUUCAUUUUAAAAUGUUUUUUUUUUGCCUCGUCAAUCAAUCGAAGUUGAAACAAUGCAUCUCUCAUUAAAAGUGAACCAUAUAGUUUUAAUCAGCACUUGCUAGUGUCUCACAGCAAAUUUUUGUUCAUUUUGAAAUCAUUGUUACAUUUUCAGAAUGUUUCUUUGUAAAUUAUUGAUUCCACCUGAAAGUGUUUUCAAAGUAAGCAGCAGAUAGGCUUCUAACUGAACACAAUUGCCACAAACCCCCACAGCAUUAUUUGUUUAAAUAGUUCUUACAGGAAUCUUGGAUACAUUUCAAAAAGACAGUUGAAUUCUUGCUCAGCUAACAGCAGAUUUAAAAGGAAAAAUGUUUUAAAAAGAGGCUUUGUUUGAAUUGUGUGAGUUCAAGAGGAUUUAUAACUGAAUUGCACAAGUCUAUUUGUGCAAUUAAACCAUUGUUGUUUGAAGUAAAAAAAAACACACACUCUGAAGUCUAAUUGGCAAUACUCAUAAAUCUAUGAAACAUGUUCUCUUCCAAGAAAUGUUGUAACACAAAAUUCUGCGGCGUUAGUCAUUCAUUAUGAGUUCUCAAGGUUGUUCGAUAAAACAUUCUUAUAACCUCUGGCAAGAUUGGGAACAGUUUGUGUUUAGUGAACUUAAAUCACAAACAGGAGGGAACAGCUGAUGCCCUCAAAAACACAUACCCAGCUAAGAUCUGGUCACACAUCUUGCUAAAAAUAUAUUUUGCAAAAGCAAACAUAUUAUCACAAACUAUAUCAAGUUCCACUUUCAAGUAAACCAAAUAUAUUUCAAAAUAAUUUAUUAAGACAUAAUGCAUGACCUCUUUUAAAGAAGCCGUACCUUAUAUACUAAUGUUCAUUACUCAGAAACGUAUAUAUGUCCACUCAUUUUUGUUUACAUUUCUACCUGUAUUUAAAAUGUUGACAUUUCUCAUCGUUUAAUUUUAAGCAUUUAUUUCAAGUGUUUUUUUCUUGCACAUAUUAUAGAUGUUCUAUUAUAGUCCUCACUUUUUUUGUAUAUGAUGUUUGUUUUGUAUGCACUGAUGCAUGUCGUGUUGCAUAUGUAGAUGUGUGUGUGCUGGCGCACCAAGAAAAACGUUAAAUAAGUGUCAGUAAAUGGGCUUGUAGACACAUUCAUCAUGGCAGUCUGAAAGAUUCAUGUCACGUAAACAUAGUGGAGGCAGCCAUUUCUGGGAUGAUCCAAUAUUCACAAGCAUGUAACCUAUCAAUUCACUAGCAACCAGUGAUCACUGGUCAUGCGUGACAGACUAGGCAUGACCAAAUUUCAAGAGGUACUACUAGCUCUAAUGAAUUGACAGUCUACAUAUCCAUGACUAUUGGCUCAGUCAACAAAAUAGCUGUUUAGGCAGUUGCGGCACCAGGCUGGUGUUAAAAUGAACGGCAGAUGGUCAAAAUAGCGGAUUGUUGGUAUUUAAAGUGCCAAGUUCUGUAAGACAAAACUAGCUUUAAAUUCAGCUGCAAAAAAUCAACAGAAAUCGUCCAUUUUGACAAAAUGUUUCUCUUUACAUUUCCCCCUAGAUAUGCAAUGUCAACUCCUAAUAUGCUGAACCUAAAAGUUGCAUUUCAACGGUUAGAUUGCCACUGGUUUCUAAUCCCUACUGUAGAGCAAACUGUGUGGGAGUGUGUGUGUAUACAUACAUACCCUAGUAAUGGCUUGGAAUUAGCUAUAAUUUUAUUUUACUUACCGUUUUGUCUUUCGUCCUGUGACUUGUCAUCACUUUGAAUCUCACAGCAAGUUACUAGUUUUAUUUGCUACAAGCACUUACAAAAGACAUUUUACUGUAAAUGUAAUUGAUAUUUUACUUGGACUUUAAAGCAUCUGUUCAUAUAUUGCUGGCUGUGUAUAUUUUUUUAAAUAAAAAAGUAAUCUGCUGUAAAUAUUGUAUCAUUUUUGUGAUCUAAAUGAUGUAGCUUAAAAGCAGUGUAAGGUGAAUAUUUGUAUAUAGUAUAUUGACCCACUCAUGUUAUAGGUCUGAUUUCCAUUUUAAAAUAAAAGGUUAUUGAGUAACCUUCCGUGAGUCAACACUACCCAUGCUAGAAAGCUGAGCCAACAGAGAACAUUGAAUUUUUGUAUGUUUUCCAAAUUGUACCUACCCAAUUGCUUUUGAUACUGUAUGAUGUGCUGAGAAAUUUCCCAAUCACACACAGCAGACAAAAAGAUAUUUUGUACUUUUUGAUCCACUGUAAUAUUUAAUAAAACAUUGCUAUGAA